ACCCCCUUCUUCAGCCACUGCGAGGUGAAGCUUUAAACUUCAGACUUGGAGGUGGGCUGUGUGCAGUAAACUGGAAUGCUCUCCCUCGCUCACUCCUCAGUGUAGGAGUGAUCUGAAGCAGGACAAGCUCAGCCUGCAGCUGCCGUGGGCUUUGUGUGGACUGGACGCAGAGCUUGGGAGACGGGGGAGGGCUAUUACUCCAAUUCACUGUCAAUGGAAUUACAGCUAUAGCGGCAGUGUAUAUAGGAUUGCUUUUUCUCGUCUUCCUGGAGAUGCUCAGUCCCAGUAUAUUUUAAGGAAGAGAAAUAUAAAGGAAAUUUAGUAUGCCUCCUUUUCUUUACAUGAAGAAUUUAGUUUCCUUUACUUCUUAAAAGAGAAUACCUGUUCUUGUAUAACGUGACUGCACCAGACAUUCUGAAAAAUCAGCAAGAAGCAAAAGCUGGAAAUAGCUAUUUCACAGCAGGUAAUCAUACCUCAGGAUGUAGCUACUGUACAAAGUUUAUACUUGGAUAAUCCUGGAUGGGAAUAAAGGUAGGGGGUAACUGCCUGAAAAACCUAUUACUAUACAGGCCUUAGCAUCAUGAAUGACUUUCUUCAUGAGGAUCUGAAGUUACUAUCUCUGACCACAUUGCACGGAAGAGCCAAUAAGAAUUUCAAAGAGGGCAAUUUCCACUAAGGGAAUUAAGCUACACAAAAGGAACUUUCACACAGAAACUCUAUCAGAAAGAAAAAAAAAAUACAUAGGAAACCAUGUGUCCUACACAGUAACAGGAAGCAGAAUUGUUUCUGCCCCCACUUUAAUGAGCUUGCCCACCAUGCUGAACUGCAGCUGGAAUGUUCAUUGACAACAGCAAGCCUGAUCUGGAGGUGUGUACGCCAUAGGAUUACUUGAAUAAACGGUGAAGAACAUUUCCAAGGACUAAACAAAAGUUUAUAAGUCCCAGUCCCUCACCAGGAAAAUAAUAUAUGUGCAUUGGAUAUUCACCCCCGCAAAAUUUACUCUCAUCGUUCAAUAAGGGUUCUGAAGUAACGGAAGCUACCUUGUAUAAAGACCUCAACACUGCUGACCAUGAUCAGCCCAGCCUGGAGCAUCUUCCUCAUCGGGACUAAAAUUGGGCUGUUCCUUCAAGUAGCACCUCUAUCAGUUAUGGCUAAAUCCUGUCCAUCUGUGUGUCGCUGCGAUGCGGGUUUCAUUUACUGUAAUGAUCGCUUUCUGACAUCCAUUCCAACAGGAAUACCAGAGGAUGCUACAACUCUCUACCUUCAGAACAACCAAAUAAAUAAUGCUGGGAUUCCUUCAGAUUUGAAAAACUUGCUGAAAGUAGAAAGAAUAUACCUAUACCACAACAGUUUAGAUGAAUUUCCUACCAACCUCCCAAAGUAUGUAAAAGAGUUACAUUUGCAAGAAAAUAACAUAAGGACUAUCACUUAUGAUUCACUUUCAAAAAUUCCCUAUCUGGAAGAAUUACAUUUAGAUGACAACUCUGUCUCUGCAGUUAGCAUAGAAGAGGGAGCAUUCCGAGACAGCAACUAUCUCCGACUGCUUUUCCUGUCCCGUAAUCACCUUAGCACAAUUCCCUGGGGUUUGCCCAGGACUAUAGAAGAACUACGCUUGGAUGAUAAUCGCAUAUCCACUAUUUCAUCACCAUCUCUUCAAGGUCUCACUAGUCUAAAACGCCUGGUUCUAGAUGGAAACCUGUUGAACAAUCAUGGUUUAGGUGACAAAGUUUUCUUCAACCUAGUUAAUUUGACAGAGCUGUCCCUGGUGCGGAAUUCCCUGACUGCUGCACCAGUAAACCUUCCAGGCACAAACCUGAGGAAGCUUUAUCUUCAAGAUAACCACAUCAAUCGGGUGCCCCCAAAUGCUUUUUCUUAUCUAAGGCAGCUCUAUCGACUGGAUAUGUCCAAUAAUAACCUAAGUAAUUUACCUCAGGGUAUCUUUGAUGAUUUGGACAAUAUAACACAACUGAUUCUUCGCAACAAUCCCUGGUAUUGCGGGUGCAAGAUGAAAUGGGUACGUGACUGGUUACAAUCACUACCUGUGAAGGUCAACGUGCGUGGGCUCAUGUGCCAAGCCCCAGAAAAGGUUCGUGGGAUGGCUAUUAAGGAUCUCAAUGCAGAACUGUUUGAUUGUAAGGACAGUGGGAUUGUAAGCACCAUUCAGAUAACCACUGCAAUACCCAACACAGUGUAUCCUGCCCAAGGACAGUGGCCAGCUCCAGUGACCAAACAGCCAGAUAUUAAGAACCCCAAGCUCACUAAGGAUCACCAAACCACAGGGAGUCCCUCAAGAAAAACAAUUACAAUUACUGUGAAGUCUGUCACCUCUGAGACCAUUCAUAUCUCUUGGAAACUUGCUCUACCUAUGACUGCUUUGAGACUCAGCUGGCUUAAACUGGGCCAUAGCCCGGCAUUUGGAUCUAUAACAGAAACGAUUGUAACAGGGGAACGCAGUGAGUACUUGGUCACAGCCCUGGAGCCUGAUUCACCCUAUAAAGUAUGCAUGGUUCCCAUGGAAACCAGCAACCUCUACCUAUUUGAUGAAACUCCUGUUUGUAUUGAGACUGAAACUGCACCCCUUCGAAUGUACAACCCUACAACCACCCUCAAUCGAGAGCAAGAGAAAGAACCUUACAAAAACCCCAAUUUACCUUUGGCUGCCAUCAUUGGUGGGGCUGUGGCCCUGGUUACCAUUGCCCUUCUUGCUUUAGUGUGUUGGUAUGUUCAUAGGAAUGGAUCGCUCUUCUCAAGGAACUGUGCAUAUAGCAAAGGGAGGAGAAGAAAGGAUGACUAUGCAGAAGCUGGCACUAAGAAGGACAACUCUAUCCUGGAAAUCAGGGAAACUUCUUUUCAGAUGUUACCAAUAAGCAAUGAACCCAUCUCGAAGGAGGAGUUUGUAAUACACACCAUAUUUCCUCCUAAUGGAAUGAAUCUGUACAAAAACAAUCACAGUGAAAGCAGUAGUAACCGAAGCUACAGAGACAGUGGUAUUCCAGACUCAGAUCACUCACACUCAUGAUGCUGAAGGACUCACAGCAGACUUGUGUUUUGGGUUUUUUAAACCUAAGGGAGGUGAUGGUAGGAACCCUGUUCUACUGCAAAACACUGGAAAAAAAGACUGAAAAAGCAAUGUACUGUACAUCUGCCAUAUAAUUUAUAUUUAAGAACUUUUUAUUAAAAGUUUCAAAUUUCAGGUUACUGCUGCGAUUGAUGUAGUGGAGAUGCCUGAACACAAUUCUAUAUUUUAGUAUUUUUUAGUAAUUUGUACUGUAUUUUCCUUGCAAAUAUUGGAGUUAUAAACCAUUUACUUUGUGUUCUACUGAGUAAGAUGACUUGUUGACUGUGAAAGUGAAUUUUCUUGCUGUGUCGAACAAUCAGGACUGCAUUCAUAUGAGAUCCUUGUAGUAUAAGCACAGGCCAUUUUUCACUUUGGUAUUAAUAAAAUGUAAAAAAAAAACUGGCUGAAUGGCUGAAUGAGAUAAAAUUUAAUUUUAAAAAAUGGUUAUGAAAUAAUGUUCCAAUUAUUAAAUUUGUAUUAUCCCAGUGGUAUUCAAUAAAUCAAAAUGUGUGAAGUAAUGGGCAAUAUCAAACUUCCUGCAUAUCUCCAUUUUUGCUCUAGGCAAAUUAAUUAUCCUUAAAAAAGUUAAGCAUAUCUUCUGAACUGAAUACAUCAGCUGGCAUAAAAGGAGCAUGAAGUCUGUUAAAGCCAUUGUCAGCAAAGAUUUGAAAAUAAAGGACUUCACAAAAACAGUAAUGUAAAUGUGCUUCCAAGUUGGGGGGAAAAUGUGUACUUAGGAAAACACGAAAACUUAGACUUGUAUAGUGUAAUGAACACAAAUAUCAAAACUGCAUUUUGGUUUUGCCUAUACCAUCCUGAUUUUUGAAAAGUGAAUUAUAAACACAAAAUUGUUAGUGUUUAUGAUGUUUUUAUCAUAAAGGAUGUCAGAGAAACUUUAUGCAUAUUAAAAAUGUAAUGUAAUUAUAAGAGAUUCCCCUCAACAAUCCAGAGAAAGUAGUUCUUUAAAUAAGAGAUAAUUUAAAGAAAAAUAAAUACUAGACAUCAAAUUUAGGUCUGGUUUAUGUCAAAGGUUUUAACACUGUACAUAAAUGUUCAAUUUACUUUUACAAAGAUCAAGAAUACUGCCCAUUACUGUCACAAUUUUCCAGAUAUUACAUAAUGAACUCAUAAUGUAACAUUUCCUUCUAGCUUCCUACUGAAUUGUGAGCUGUUACUUGUUGAAAAACCAUAUCACUUUUCUGUUGCCAUGAUUUUUUUUUUUCAACAAAAAACCAAAGUGCAUUGUACGCCCUUUGGCCAGUCUUGUAUGUGCCUUGAUCCAACGCUACAUGUAUUCAGCUUUUAAAACUCGACAAAUUUUUCAUACUCCUUAAAUAUGAAAAAUUAUGGUCUUAUUGCUGAAUAAAACUUUUAAAAAGUACAGAAUAAUUGUGCUUGCUUUUUCAGGAUUGUGUUACUAUCACUAAGUAGCAAAUUGCCCAGCACAUUAGUCCUGAACGUCCCAUGUAUUUUUCUAGGCAUAAAAAUAAAAGUUGGCUAAAAAUUUUAAAAAAUCAA